AUUGCAAUACUCAAACUAAUCAAAAGUCGAUCUAUACCUAUAAUGUUCACACUAAAGUUGCUGAAAUCUUAAACAACUUUCUACAUAACCGGCUCACCCUUUUUGCUUCUAUAAAUAGUUUUAUGUUUUAAUCUUUCCUCCAUAUCCACUCUAGUUCAUUAAAGAAGUCUCUUUUUUUUUUUGUUUUUCCUCACCAAAAAAUGAUUAACUUUAGUUCAAGAAAUCACUUCUUUUUAUUUAUUUACACUAUAGCCAUAUUUUUUCCAAUAUUAAUCUUGGCUCAAAACUGUGGGUGUGCGGAAGGCUUGUGCUGUAGCAGAUGGGGUUAUUGUGGCACUGGGAAUGCAUAUUGUGGUCAAGGCUGCAAAGGAGGGCCUUGUUUUAUUACAGCAAAUUAUGGAAUUUCAUCAGUUUCUCAAAUUGUUUCAGAACCAUUCUUCAAUGGAAUUGCUAAUCAAGCUGCUCCAAACUGUGAAGGCAAAGGAUUUUACACAAGAGCUGCCUUUCUUGAAGCUCUCAGGUCUUAUCCUAGAUUUGGAACUGAUGGUUCUUCUGAUGAUAAUAAGCGUGAAAUUGCUGCUUUCUUUGCUCAUGUUACCCAUGAGACUGGACGUGAGUCUUUUUUCUUACAACCUUCUCAUGCUUUGUUUGUUCCCUUUUUUAGUUUACCUUUUAUAUACUUCAACUAUGGACCGGCGGGGAAAGACAACGGAUUCGACGGCCUAAAUGACCCUGAUAUCGUGGCUAGAGACAGUCUGAUAUCAAUCAAAACUGCCCUGUGGUACUGGAUGAACAAUUGCCAUGCUCUCAUAACUUCUGGGCAAGGUUUCGGGGCGACGAUUCGAGCCAUUAAUGGUCCGCUCGAGUGUAAUGGUGGAAAUCCAGAACCUGUUGCCAGAAGGAUUCAAUAUUACACCGAAUUUUGUCAGCAACUUGGUGUAGAUACUGGGAAUAAUCUCACUUGUUAGGAGUCUUGAAAAAAGUUAAAUUUUCAGGAUAUGAUAUAUAUAUGUUCUAUGGUGACUGAAUUAGUAAUGACUAGAAAAUGGAGAUUUAGUCGGUUUA